CCCCACGAAGACUGGGUAGAUAUAAGUUCGCAUCCAGUCCUCCAUGACAAUGUGCUAAAGACGCUCGGGACCUUCGACGAGGAUGAACUCCGGUCCGACAUAAUCGGCAGGCUGUUCGAGGGGCUACCAGCCUCCGAGAUCGAGCGCCAUGAUGUUGUGGUAUGCUCGCCACCUAGAACGUUGGAGGUUGGGAGGUGACAGGUGUUCUGGUGUCAAUAGGGCUGGUUGCUCACCGGAUGCACGGAGAUACUGGAGGCGACCAAUCGAUGGAGACGAACGAGGGGAGAGGAAGCUCUCGCAUUGGGGUGUGGAAUC